AUGUGCGCGGUGUCGAGUGUCACGGUGAACAACCCCGUCGGGCCGUCCCCAGUCCAGCACGAACCAGAGGGAUACUUAUCUAAAUACACCAUGAGCAAUCCCAGCAACCCACGAGUGUUUUUCGAUUUCUCGGUCGAUAAUGGACCGGCGAGACGGGUUAUCUUCGAGCUCUUCAAAGAUCGUGUACCUAUCACGACCGAAAAUUUUCGCGCACUUUGCACGGGCGAGAAAGGGUACAGUACUAUCGCACCAGAAACACCGUUAUGCUACAAGGGAUCACCAGUCCAUCGAAUUGUCCCCAACUUUAUGAUCCAAGGUGGUGAUAUUAUCCAGCAAAAUGGGAAAUCUGGUGAAUCCAUUUAUGGUGGUGAAUUUGACGAUGAGAAUUUCGAACUGGCUUGUGACCGAGAGGGUUUGCUCGUCAUGGCCAACAAGGGUCCCAAUACCAACCAAUCUCAGUGGUUUAUCACUUUGGCACCGGCAGAACAUCUUACAGGAAAGCAUGUGGUCUUUGGUCGAGUCCAGUCCGGGUUUGAGGUCGUUCAAGAGAUAGGUGGGCUCGAGACUGAUAAAAAGCAUCGACCUUUGGGCGGAGCCGAGUUUGUGAAGAUCGUACAUUGUGGUCAAUUGGAGCGCAAACAGAAACCCCGGCCGGAGAAAGCUGCCGAUGAUUCCCAUAUGAACAGGACUGAUUCGCACCAUGAUCGAAAACGUCACUCUCGCUCUCCAAGUGAGACAUCUACGGCUUCGCAACGGUCGCACUCGAGUUCUGGUAGCUCUGAAUCUUCUGAUGCGGCACGGAGAAGACGGAGGCGAGAAAAGAAGGAGAAAAAAAAGUCUCGCAAAUCUCACAAAUCCUCGAAGUCCAAAAAACUUAAGUUCAAAGAACAAACCAAGGAAGACGAUCCUUCAGAGACCGAAGAUCCUCGCGCCCAAGAGGAGCUGGCGCUGAUGACAGUAGAGCUGGAACAUCAACAGGCCGAACGACGGCGUCAAGAAGAAGAAGAGUUGGUCCGGCUCGCAGAAGAAAAAGCACGCAAAGCUCGGGCUCUCGAACUUCUUAAGAACAGCCAACAGCGGAAAGAGGGCGGCGUAAUUUUUAAAGGACGUGGGACGAUGCGAUAUCGUGACGAUGAGGUGACGUUCGGAAAGAGGGCUUGGAAGGACUGA